AGAGAUCUGCGACUUUGUGUUCUAUUGUCGUCUUCUUCCUCAACACUUCCCUUUCUUUCCAACUCACUAAACUAACUUCAGUUUCACAGAUCAACAACUUUCUCUGUCCAAUUAUAUCUCUGUCUGAAGUUCCCUAAUCUUUCAUCCAAUGGAGGGGAACCUUUUACGUGGAAAAGACGUAGUAGAGACGAUGGAGAAUAUAGUAACAGAAGAAGCUUCUUCAGUUGUGGAGCCUUUCAUUGGUAUGGAGUUUGAAUCAGAAGAAGCUGCAAAGUCUUUCUACGACAGUUACGCUAAAAGCACUGGUUUCGUUAUGAGAGUGGAUGCUUUCAGGAGGUCAAUGCGAGACGGGACCGUGGUGUGGCGCAAACUCGUGUGUAACAAAGAAGGGUUCCGUAGAUCAAGACCUAGGAGAAGCGAGAGCAGGAAGCCUCGUGCUAUAACAAGAGAAGGAUGUAAGGCUUUGAUCGUGGUGAAGAAAGACAAGUCCGGAAAAUGGAUCGUCACUAAGUUUGUGAAAGAACAUAAUCAUCCUCUCUUGUCUCUACUUGCUAACGCUCGCCGGAGUUCACAUAUCUCUCAAUCACCGGACGAGAAAGACGCAAAGAUUAGGGAGCUUAGCACAGAGCUGAGCCGAGAGAGAAAGCGUUGUGCUGCGUUGCAACAGCAACUUGAUAUGGUCCUAAACGUGAUGGAAGAACAUGCUAAUCAUCUCUCUGUCAAUAUCAAUAAUGUUAUCCAAAGUGUAAAAGAAAUAGAGUCCAUUACUUUCACCAAAUCCCUGAUCAGCUGAAUAAAACAACAAACUCACAACUCGUUUGUGGUUCA